AUGGGGCAGAGACGCUUCGCCAAGUUCCUGCAGAAGCUCUCCUUCUCGGGCGCCGGCCACACGUACCAGGCGCUGGAGAGAAGCGAGGAGGAAGCCUUGAUUGAUGGUCAGUGCGAGCUGAAACCCAUCGACAAGGAGAAGGCGGUGGAGGCCUUGCCCCCGAGGGAAGCAUGCAAAUGCCACCGAGAGGACCUGGCCCACCUGCUGCACGUGGACCUGCACACUGGGCUGUCAGAGUCGGCGGUGACGCAGCGCAGGCUGGUCCACGGCUGGAAUGAGUUUGUCCCCGACAAUGCAGAGCCUUUGUGGAAGAAAUACCUGGAUCAGUUUAAGAACCCGCUGAUCCUGCUGCUGCUGAGCUCUGCCCUGGUCAGCGUCCUCACCCAGGAAUACGAGGACGCCGUCAGCAUCGCCUUGGCCGUGCUCAUCGUGGUCACUGUGGCCUUCGUCCAGGAGUACAGGUCAGAGAAGUCUUUGGAGGAGCUGACCAAGCUGGUGCCCCCAGAAUGCAACUGCAUCAGGGAGGGAAGGCUGCAGCACCUGCUGGCGCGGGAGCUGGUUCCUGGCGACCUCGUGGCUCUCUCCAUUGGAGAUCGGAUCCCUGCAGACAUCCGACUCAUAGAGGUCACCGACCUCCUGGUGGACGAGUCCAGCUUCACGGGGGAAGGUGAGCCCUGCAGCAAGACGGACGGCCCCUUGGCGGGCGGGGCCGACCUCACCUCACUCCACAACAUCGUCUUCAUGGGGACCCUGGUGCAGUCCGGCAAGGGCCAGGGUGUUGUGAUCGGAACUGGGGAGAAGUCACAAUUCGGAGAAGUGUUUAAGAUGAUGCAAGCUGAGGAGACGCCCAAGACUCCUCUUCAGAAAAGCAUGGACAGGUUGGGGAAGCAGCUGACUAUCUUCUCAUUUGUCAUCAUUGGUCUCAUCAUGCUGCUCGGCUGGCUGCAGGGGAAGCAGCUGCUCAGCAUGUUCACCAUCGGUGUCAGCCUGGCAGUGGCGGCCAUCCCUGAGGGCCUGCCAAUCGUGGUCACGGUCACGCUGGUCCUGGGAGUGCUGCGCAUGGCCAAGAAGCGGGUCAUUGUGAAGAAGCUGCCCAUUGUGGAGACCCUAGGCUGCUGCAAUGUCAUCUGCUCUGACAAGACAGGGACCCUGACGGCCAACCAGAUGACCGUGACGCAGCUGGUCACGUCUGACGGGCUGCACGCCGAGGUCAGCGGCAUUGGGUACAGUGGCGAAGGGACCGUCUGCCUUUUACCAUCCCAGGAGGUAGUGAAGGAAUUUUCCAACAUCUCGGUGGGAAAAUUGGUGGAGGCCGGCUGUGUGGCCAACAACGCCGUCAUCAGGAGGAACACUGUCCUUGGGCAGCCCACAGAGGGCGCCCUGCUGGCGCUGGCCAUGAAGAUGGACCUGGGUGACAUCAAAGAUGCCUAUGUGAGGAAGAAGGAGAUUCCGUUCAGCUCCGAGCAGAAGUGGAUGGCCGUGAGGUGCAGCACCAAGAGUGGGGACCAGGACGACACCUACUUCAUGAAAGGGGCUUUUGAAGAGGUGAUCAGCUCCUGCAGCAGCUAUAACCACGGGGGUAUUCCCCUGCCCCUGACGCCGCAGCACCGGGCCUUCUGCCUGCAGGAGGAGGCGAGGAUGGGCUCACUGGGCCUGCGUGUGCUGGCCCUGGCCUCUGGGCCCGAGCUGGGCGCGCUGAUGUUCCUGGGCCUGGUGGGCAUCAUCGACCCACCAAGGGCUGGCGUGAAGGAAGCUGUGCAGGCGCUGCGUGCCUCAGGCGUGUCAGUGGCAAUGAUCACGGGGGACGCGCUGGAGACGGCCCUGGCUGUGGGCAGAAGCAUCGGCCUGUGUGAUGGGAAGCUGCAGGCCAUGUCUGGGGAGGAAGUGGACGGCAUGGAACUGAGCGAGCUGGCCAAGCAUGUCCAGAAGGUGUCUGUAUUCUUCAGGACCAGCCCCAAACACAAGCUCAAGAUCAUCAAGGCACUGCAGGAGUCGGGGGCGAUUGUGGCCAUGACGGGGGACGGUGUGAACGACGCAGUGGCCCUCAAGUCGGCUGACAUCGGGAUCGCCAUGGGGCAGAUGGGGACGGACGUCAGCAAGGAGGCCGCCACCAUGAUCCUGGUGGACGAUGACUUCUCGGCCAUCAUGAGCGCAGUGGAGGAGGGCAAGGGCAUCUUCCACAACAUCAAGAACUUCGUGCGCUUCCAGCUGAGCACGAGCAUCUCCGCCCUCAGCCUCAUCACCCUGUCCACUGUCUUCAACCUGCCCAGCCCCCUCAAUGCCAUGCAGAUCCUGUGGAUCAACAUCAUCAUGGACGGGCCCCCGGCGCAGAGCCUGGGGGUGGAGCCCGUGGACCAGGACGCCCUGGGACAGCCGCCCCGCAGGGUACAGGACAAGAUCCUGGGCCGCGCGCUGCUCCUGCGUACCCUCCUGUCCGCUGCCAUCAUCAUCAGCGGGACGCUGUUCGUCUUCUGGAAAGAGAUUCCCGCAGAUGGCACCAGCACCCCCCGCACCACGACCAUGACCUUCACCUGCUUUGUCUUCUUCGACCUCUUCAAUGCCCUGACCUGCCGCUCCCAGACCAAACUGAUCGUGGAGCUCGGCUUCUUCCGGAACCACAUGUUCCUCUACUCGGUGCUGGGCUCCAUCCUGGGCCAGCUGGCCGUCAUCUACGCCCCGCCCCUGCAGAAGGUCUUCCAGACAGAGAACCUGGGUGCGCUCGACCUGCUCUUUCUCAUGGGGCUGGCCUCGUCCGUGUUCGUUUUGUCGGAGCUCCUCAAGCUGUGUGAGAAGUACUGCUGGGGGCCCGGGAAGGGCCAGAAGCACCCCAAAGCCAGCGCGGCCACCAGCCCCUGUCCUGGCCCCUGA